ACGCUCCGCCCCCGGUGACGUCACGCCGACCGCCGCGGGGGCGCAGCCGCUGCGAGCGCGCUCGUUCAGAUCCCGGCGCGGCCAUGGGGGCAGCGGCUGCCGAGGCGAACCGGACGCUCUUCGUGGGGAACCUGGACCCCAAGGUCACCGAGGAGCUCAUCUUCGAGCUCUUCCACCAGGCGGGCCCCGUGAUCACCGUGAAGAUCCCGAAGGACCGGGACGGACGGCCCAAGCAGUUCGCCUUCGUCAACUUCAAACACGAGGAGUCGGUGCCCUACGGGCUGCGGCUGCUCAACGGGAUCAAGCUGUACGGGCGGCCCAUGCGCAUCCAGUUCCGAUCAGGGAGCAGUCACGCAGCCCAGGAUAUCAAUCCAUCCUGUUCCCAGCUCGGAGCUGCUGGCACCAACCCUCUUGGGAUGCCUCAUCCAGCAUCCAACUGCAGCAGGUAUGAGAGGGUUCCAGAUGGCAUGGCCAGCCCGGGGUUCCAGUCGAGCCUGCAGAGACAAGCGGUGAUGAACAGCGCAGCCCGGCAGCAGGCGCAGUUCGGGGGCAAAUACGAGCAGGGCUUCGGCCCGCCCGGGUUCCCGCACCCGUUCCAGGCGCCGCCCGGCUCCCCGGGCCCGCGGCGCAAGGCCCGGCUGGGCGGCCACCCCUACGCGCCGGACGGCCGCCACGCGGGCCGGGGCAAGCGCGACGAGUACGGCUUCGAGGAGAGGCACGAGCCCGAGCCGCACUACCGGGGCGGCCGCGACGAGCACUACGACGAGCGGCACCGCGAGGGCUGGAGCUACGAGUACCGCAGGGACAGCUACAGAGAGGCCCGCUGGCACUCGGCGCGGCACUGACGGACUGAGGGCAAAGCAGGUGGCACCGUUUGUCACUGAGUACAUGUAUAAAUCCCACCC